UCUCCUGUGUCAGUCAUGGCUUCCUCCAGCAGUGUCCUGUGUGAAGAUCAGCUCCAGUGCUCCAUCUGUCUGGAUGUGUUCACUGAUCCAGUCUCUACUCCAUGUGGACACAACUACUGUAUGAUCUGUCUCAAAGAGUUCUGGGACAGCAGUUCACACUGUCAGUGUCCAGUGUGUAAAACAUAUUUUGCUAAAAGACCAGAGUUAUGUGUGAAUACGUUCAUCUCUGGACUGGCUGCUCCAUUUAAGAAGUCAGUUCAGGUGAAAUCCAGCAGUGCUGCAGAAAAACCCACCCAAUCUCUGGUGCUCUGUGAGGCCUGCUGUGAAAAGAAAUGUGCAGCUGUGAAGUCCUGCCUGACCUGUAUGACCUCUUACUGUGGGACUCACCUGGAACUUCACAGGACAGUUUUGUCAUUUAAGAAGCACAGACUGAUUGAGCCUGUGGAGAACCUGGAGGACUACAUCUGCCAGAAACAUGAGAGACCCCUGGAGCUGUUCUGUAGAGAUGAACAGACGUGUGUGUGUCAGUUCUGUACUGAGGGAGACCACAGAACUCACAACACUGUUCCUAUAGAGGAGGAGAGUACAGAGAAGAAGACUGAGAUGGCAAAGACACGAGCAGAAGUUCAGCAGAUGAUCCAGGAGCGACUGAAGAAGAUUGAGGAAAUCAAACACUCUGUAGAAGUUAAUAAUAAAAACACAGAGAAGGAGAAAGCAGAUGUUGUGGAGAUCUUCAGUGCUCUGAUGAGCUGCAUUGAGAGAAGCCAGGCUGAGCUGCUUAAGGUGAUGGAGGAGAAGCAGAAAGCAGCAGAGAGGCAGGCUGAAGAGUUCAUUAAAGAUCUGGAGCAGGAAAUCACUGAGCUAAAGAGGAGAAACACUGAGCUGGAGCAGCUCUCACACACUGAGGAUCACAUCCACCUCCUACAGAUUUACCCGUCACUGUGCAGCCCUCCACACACCCAGGACUGGACUGAUGUCACUAUUAACUCUCGUCUGAGUGUGGAGACUGUGAGGAGAGCUCUGUCUCAGAUUCAGGAGACUCUCAGUGAGGAAAUGGAGAAGCUUGGUGAGACUGAACUGAAGAGAAUUAAACAAUAUGCAGUGGAUGUGACUCUGGAUCCUGAUACAGCGAAUCCUAAACUCAUCCUGUCUGAUGAUGGGAAACAAGUUAGACAUAGAGAGACAGGACAGAAUCUCCCUGAUAAUCCAAAGAGGUUUGAUUAUUGUACUGAUGUCCUGGGAAAGGAGGGAUUCUCCUCAGGGAGAUUUUACUAUGAGGUUCAGGUCAGAGGGAGUACCGAGUGGGAUUUAGGAGUGGCCAGAGAGUCCAUUAACAGGAAAGGGGAGAUUACACUUAGUCCUGAAGAUGGACUCUGGUGUGUGUGGCUGAGGAAUAAGACUGAAUAUGAAGCUCUGGACUCUCCCUCUACCUCCCUCUCCUUGAAACAGGCUCCUCAGAAGGUGGGGGUGUUUGUGGAUUAUGAGGAGGGUCUGAUCUCCUUCUAUGAUGUUGAUGCAAAGUCACAUAUCUACUCUUUCACUGGUCAGACUUUCACUGAGAAACUUUAUCCAUUCUUCAGCCCCUGUUGUAAUGAUGGAGGUAAAAAUUCCUCACCACUGAUUAUCUGUCCUGUUAGUCAAAUAUAAUAUUAAUUUUAUUGUUUGUUUAUUUGUAUUGUAUUUAGAAUUUUGUGAUCAUCUAUUGUACAUUAUUUAGUCCUGUUUAUACUGUAGUGAAACAGCACAGAUAAAAAUUAAUUGACUUUUAAACAAGUAAGUCAUAAUUAUAUACACAGCUGCACAGGACAGUUAGAUUAGAUUGAUGCACAACUCACAGCGUGUAUCAUCUGUGAGAGAAAUCUUAACACUUACAUCUUUUUUAUUGAGAUUAUCAAGCAGCAUGUCACAACCAGUGGGAGCAUGAACCACAGUGUAUCAGUGACAAAACCUGGAACAUUACUUUACUGUUUUAGGGAAACUGUCUCAAAGUCAUCGCCAUGUCAAAUAUAUACAAACAGCAUCAGCAAACAGGAGACACAAUCAUAAGUCAAAGGUCACAGACAGGGACAGACAGACACUUUUCACUUUACAUCAAAGCCUUGGAUUGCAAGUAACCUGAUUGGAGUGUUUUGCAAGACGAGCAAACAUUUUAAAUAAAUUUUAACUCUGUAAACUAAUGAGGUGUUCAAAUACGAGCAUUAUUGUGGAUAAUCCUCUCUCAUGCUCGGUCUCAAUGCGUGUGCGUCACUCAUAUAGUGUGUGUGCGCCCACGCUUAUGUAAGUGAGAGUUAAGAUUCAAGAAAAGCGCUUUAUUGGCAUGACAAAUAUAAAAUAUAAAGCAUCAAUCACUGUCGGCAAACUGGUAUGUGUGUGUGUGUUUGUGUGUGUGUGUGUGUGUGUGGCUAACAUGAUUGUACUUAAACCAUUUGAGGCAAAUGCUUUAA